UCAAAAAUUUUAUGCAUUAAAAAGACGCGAGAAAACGGUGAAAACAUCGUUUUUGAAGGAAAAUUAUUUUCAAUUUUGUGAGUUUAUUGAAAACGUAUACUACAUAGUUACGAUUCUAAUUCACCAUAAUCCAUAAGUAUGGCUGACGAAGGUAAUGAGGAUAGUUGGUUGUACGGAAAUACAAAUGCCGACGGGAAAAACGGUGACAAAGGUGAAAACGGAGAGGGCGACGACGGUGCAAAAGAUGGGCCUUUGGAUGAAACGGAUCAUUCGCAAUGGGAAAUCGAGGAACCGAAUCGUGCAAGUAAACGACCUCGGAGCAGUUUUUCCGACGAUGAACAUCAUCAGCACGAUGACAAUGCGAUGGAUUCAAGCGAUCUCGGUCAGUCCCGGGCUGAUUCUAUCCGGAGGGAUGAUUCCCACGGAGAGGAGGAUUCACAUCUGCAAGAAGACGAGAGUCAUGAUCAGAGCCAGGCGGAGAAGGUAAAUAGGAGUGAUGGCGAAAUGGAGACCGACGAUAGCGAUGAUGAUGACGACAUUAAUGUUGUUAUUGGAGAUAUAAAAUCUGGUCCAAGUUACAACAUUAUAAAACAGCGUGGCCCCAUAGUUGCUCCGCAAGUGGCACAGGCAGCUCCUGGUCCGGACAAGGCUAAGCAGCCUGCUGGAAAGUUCAGCAUAGAUGAAUUCGAAAGCGUCGGUACUAUAAACGGAGUCCCAGCGCAUGAGUUCAGCAUCGAUUCUCUGGAAGAGAAACCAUGGCGUAAGCCCGGAGCAGAUAUCACUGAUUACUUCAAUUAUGGAUUCAACGAGGAAACAUGGAGAGCUUACUGCGAGCGACAGAAACGAAUGCGGAUGCAUGAGAGUGGAGUCGGAUUGCAAGGCUUGACCAUUAACAAUCCCCAGGCAGCGCAAAUGCAGAACAACUGGAGGCAAGGCCCUCCGCCACCUAGGAAGAUGAACAACGGAAUCGAUGUCAUUGGUCAUAUGGGCAUGCAUCCGAGACCUGAACCAGAUAUGAUGCCACGCCAUCCAAAGGAAAAUAUUAUCCAGGUCAUGACUGCUGAUCGUCGUGAAUACAGUCGAACUGCUUCUAAAUUCGAUUCCCCAAUGGGCCCGCCGCCGUUCGGCGCGCCUCCGGAAUUCUAUCACAAUGAACCUGACUAUGGUGAUUAUGGAUAUGAACCGACUCAGGAAUCACAGUGGAAUCCGGAACCGAACUGGCAGCCACAUGGCAUAAAAACUCUUACACCGGGCCCUCCACCACAAAUGAUGCCCCCAGGAAUGGGUAUGCCUCCUCCGCACAUGGACAUGAUGCCACCACCAAUGCAACCUGGCAUGAACAUGGGUCAUCCCGGAAUGGGGCCACCCGGAAUGCGUGGUCAUGACCGUGAACGUGAUCGGGAGCGGGAGCGUAAUGAAAGGGAUCGUGAAAGAGACCGCAGUGGACGGCCCCGAGAUCGUGAACGUGAGCGUGAGCGUGAGCAUCGACGUGAACGAGAAAGAGACCGAGAACGCGAAGUAUCUAUCAGCAAGCCGGAACCUCCAGAAAUCGAACGAUCGCGUAGCGAAAAGCCGGAACGUGAAGCCGAUAAGGAGAAACGCUCGUCCAAGUCCGACCGCCACAAGGAAAGAUACCGCGAAAGAUCUCGCAGUCGUGAGAAGUCCAAAGCCAGAAGGCGGUCCCGAAGUCGCGAACGCGAUCGCCAUGGCAGCCGCUCGGAUAAAAAGAAAUCGCAUCGCAAGGAUAAGGAUGAACCAGAAUAAGAAGUUCAGCAUUUUCCUUAUCAGCAAUAUGAAAAGAAACAUAUUGAAGAAUUAAAAAAAAAUACAAAAUAAAGUUUAAUAAUUAAGGAA